GGUGCCGAUGAUUCCCAUUACCAUGACGGUGCCCAAAUAACAUGCAUAAAUUAUCUUAAUGAGUUUAGUCUGCAUGAGAGGAGAGGCACGGUGCAGCGGCUGCAGAGGACUGAGGACUGAGUGGAAAUAUUGUACAACUGCUACAGCGCCCCGUUGUUCUCUGUGUGGAUGGUGGCUACAAAGGAGGCAGGCAGCGGCGCACAAGUCCCGCCUGUAUUUCCCUCUGGAGGAGUCUCAGUGUCGGAGCUCCCGACUGGGGAUUGGAGCGGCGGCUUGUCAGUAACUGAGCCCACCCUUCACACAGUGUGUAUGAGGGAAACCGAGCCAGACAGUGACGGAUCUGAUCUUCCACUCAUCAGCUGCCUGUCACACCAGCACGCCACGAUACCGACCCCGGAGCCUUUCGCCUUCCGCCGCCGCCGCGCUGUGACACCUGGCCGGGAUGGAGGGAGAGAUGCAGCCCGCAGAUGAAGGGCCCUGCGCCCCGAAGAUGUGCCGACAACAACGGGGUCCGUACAGCACCCUGAAAAUCUUCCAGAGCAAGCGCUCGGCGGGCAAGUCGCGCUUUGACAGGUCGGCUGUGGUCGAGGUGCCUCUGUUUGGCGACGGACACCACUUCACUUUCCAUCCCGAGCAGCCUCAUCAUUUCCAGCCGCACCAUCACCACCACCACCAGCAGCAGCGUCUGCAGCAGCAGCAGCAGCUCCACCAAACCAGCGUCGCUAUCAGCAGCAGCCAGCAGCAGCAUCACCCGACGCCCCAGCAGCAGCAGCAGCAGCAGCAGCAGGAUCGUUUCCCAUGUGAGAACAGGCCCAGCAGCAGGGUCCCGACAUCCACCUCAGCGGCGGCGGCAGCAUCUCCCGGUACCCAGCAGAGGCGCGCCAGCAGCGGCAGAGCGGAGCCCAGAUUCUCCCCUGACUGCACCUACGGGAUCAGCUCAGAGAAUCGUCUCAUCCUGGAUGCCUUCGCCCAGCAGUGUAGCAGAGUCCUCAGCCUCCUCAACAACGGCCGUCUCCUGGAGCCCUCCUCCUCCUCCUCUCCCUCCUUCACCUCCAACAUCAAGCUGGAAGACGGGCCAGGGGAGGUCCAGGCGCUUCACUGCUCCUCACUGGGGAAAUCCAAACCUGAAGAGAGCUCAUCCACCACAGACCCAGAGGAUGAGGCCCAACAAAGCCAUUUAAACCAACAACAGACCUCUGCCGUUCUCCGCAUCUUCACAGACUCCCUACAGAACUAUCUGCUCUCAGGACCUCAGCAGCAGCAGCAGCAGCAGCAGCAACAUCUGGCUGCAGGUCUGGAGGAUGAGCAGUGUCCGCUGGCAGAGCCCGGCUCAGGGGUGUCUCCUCCGAGACACAACCUGGGAGGCUGGGGCUCGCCGACUCCGUCAGAGUCGUACGGCCACCCGUCGUCCACGCUGCCUGAGGAGGAAGAGGAGGAGGAGAACUGCUGUCCACGCUGCCUGGAGUUGGAGCAGGAGGUGCUGUCUCUGCAGCAGGAGAACGAGGAGCUGCGCAACAAGCUGGAGAAUAUUCCAGUUCCCUGUCAAAAUGUUCUCGACUACUUCAAGACUGUUCUUGAGUUUCACAACCAGCUGGUCCAGCCGAUGCCGGAGGAGCAGCUCACUGAGGAAGAAGAGCGGCAAACAGUCUUUGAGGGCAGUAAACAGCUCCUGGAGAACUACCCUCUCUUCAUCUCUAACAAGCAGUGGGACGAAGCCGUCAACUCCUCCAAGAAAGACGGCAGGCGGCUGCUGCGCUACCUGAUUCGCUUUGUCUUCACCACGGACGAGCUCAAGUUCUCCUGCGGUUUGGGCAAAAGGAAGCGUUCAGUCCACUCAGGAGAUCCAGGCCUGGAGAGACGGCCGCUCAACCCCGUCAAAGUCAGCUGCCUCAGAGAGUUCAUCCGGAUGCACUGUGCCUCAAACCCAGACUGGUGGAUGCCCUCCGAGGAGCAGAUCAACAAAGUGUUCAGCGAUGCUGUCGGUCACGCUCGUCAGGGCCGGGCGGUCGGCACGUUCCUGAGCAGCAGCGGCAGCAGCACUAGCAGCCUUUACAUGGACGCCUUUGACGGACACCUGUCACAGGACGAACUGUAUUUAAAAGGCUGCCAGAACGGCCAGUCGGAUUGAAGUUAAAGGAGAAGCAAAAGACAAAUGCCUGAAAUGUAGCUGUACAACAACAUAUCCCAAAACACUGACCUUAACCUGUCACUUUACACAGUGAAGAAAACAUUCCAGAGGUUUAUCCUACAGAAUAUAACCACAGUCUCUCUGAACCACUUUCAGUAGUUUGUAGCUUUUUUGCCAUUUUUAUACAGACAAUUAUGUUUCGUUAAAAUUUGACUCUUAAGCUGUUUUAAACUUUUAAAAUUUGAGUCUUCCAUUUGCUACUUUUUCUAUAGUUUCAUGUUUUGAACAGUUACGUCUCUAUCAGUGGAAUAUUUCUGUUUGUUAUGUUGUGUUUUUGGGAUGGAGUCCCAGUUGAGUUUUUUCACAAUUUACUUGCAAACCUUCAGGUCAUCAGGAAGCUAUUUGUGUUCAUGUUACUCAAGCCAGAGACUUAUUAUAUCCAUCACUGACACCACAAGCUAUGGAGGCCCAUUUCCACCAGUGUGAUGAAAACAAAAGAUCCUGUGAGUCAUUAUAAAGAGAAACUCCCUCAAAACGACUUAGUGUCUCUAAAUUAUGAGAAAAAAUUCUCCAAAUAAUGACUUAAUAAUGAGAAACAUUAUUAAAAUGACGAUUUUAAGAUACUGAUUAUUUUGAGAUACCAUGUCAUUAAUUUAGCAAGUUUCACUUUAUUUUGAAACACUAGCAUAUGAUUUUGAUAUCAGUCAUUAUUUGGAGAUACUAACUCAUUUUUGAGAAAAGCAGGUCAUUAUUUUAAGAAAGUCUCUGUUUUGUAGAUACUAACCUAUUAUUCUGAGAAAGUUUGUCAUUAUUUAGAGGUACCACCUCGUUAUUUUUGUGAUACUAUUUUUAUUCUAUUUUAUUUUUUUAAAGAAAAGUCAUUAUUUUAAAGAUGUUCCUUGAUAUUUAGAGAUAUUAACUCAAUAUUUUUGAGAUACCAAGAAUUUGUCAUUAUUUUGAGAAAGUUUCUCAUUUUUUUGAGAUACUAAGUUAUUAUUCUUAAAUACCAAGUCUUUAUUUUGAGAUACCAAGUCAUUAUUUUGAGAUACCAGGUCAUUAUUUUGAGGUCAUUAUGGGAUACCAAGUCAUUAUUAUGCGAUACCAGGUCAUUAUUUUGAGAAACCAAGUCAUUAUUAUGAGAAACCAAGUCAUUAUUAUGAGAUAUCAAGUCAUUAUUUUUGAGAUACCACAUUGUUAUUUUGACAUACCAAGUCAUUAUUUUGAGAUACCAGGUCAUUAUCUUGACAUACCAAGUCAUUAUUAUGAGAUGUCAAGUCAUUAUUUUGAGAUACCAGGUCAUUAUUUUGAGAUACCAGGUCAUUAUUUGGAGAUACCAAGUCAUUAUUAUGGAAUACCAGGUCAUUAUUUUUGAUAUACCAGGUCAUUAUUUGGAGAUACCAAGUCAUUAUUAUGGAAUACCAGGUCAUUAUUUUUGAUAUACCAGGUCAUUAUCUUGACAUACCAAGUCAUUAUUAUGAGACAUCAAGUCAUUACUAUGAGAUGUCAAGUCAUUAUUUUGAGAUACCAGGUCAUUAUUUUUUAGAGACUUUCUCAUUAACUUGAGAUACCAAGUCAUUAUUUUGAGAUACCAGGUCAUUAUUCCAGGUCAUUAUUAUGGAAUACCAGGUCAUUAUUUGGACAUACCAAGUCAUUAUUUUGCGAUACCAGGUCAUUAUUUUGACAUACCAAGUAGUUAUUAUGAGACAUCAAGUCAUUAUUAUGAGAUACCAGGUCAUUAUUUUGCGAUACCAGGUCAUUAUUUUGAGAUACCAAGUCAUUAUUUUGCGAUACCAGGUCAUUAUUUUGACAUACCAAGUAGUUAUUAUGAGACAUCAAGUCAUUAUUAUGAGAUACCAGGUCAUUAUUUUUUAGAGACUUUCUCAUUAACUUGAGAUACCAAGUCAUUAUUCUGACAUACCAAGUCAUUAUUAUGGGAUACCAAGUCAUUAUUCUGACAUACCAAGUCAUUAUUUUGCGAUACCAGGUCAUUAUUUUGACAUACCAAGUCAUUAUUAUGGGAUACCAAGUCAUUAUUCUGACAUACCGAGUCUUUAUUUUGCGAUACCAGGCCAUUAUUUUGACAUACCAAGUCAUUAUUCUGACAUACCAAGUCUUUAUUAUGGGAUACCAAGUCAUUAUUCUGACAUACCAAGUCAUUAUUAUGGGAUACCAAGUCAUUAUUCUGACAUACCAAGUCAUUAUUUUGCGAUACCAGGUCAUUAUUCUGACAUACCAAGUCAUUAUUAUGGGAUACCAAGUCAUUAUUCUGACAUACCAAGUCAUUAUUUUGCGAUACCAGGUCAUUAUUUUGACAUACCAGGUCAUUAUUAUGAGACAUCAAGUCAUAUAUUAAGUCAUUAUUUUGAGAAAGGUUCUCGUUAUAAUGACUAAACAGAUCGUAUGUUUUUUCAUCACAUUGCCUGUAAUAAGCUUCUCUACGUAGCACCUCCACCUUCCUAUAUCAAGGAAAGUAGCAUUUAAUAUUUCUCCACCAAAUUCUGCGUCAUUGGUGAAGCACCUUUACUUGCAACCUCUUCUACAGGAGUGCCUCUGAGAAAGUCGUUUUGUUACCUGUAGUGUUGCACUUUGCAUCCCCAUGUGUUUUUCUUAAUUUGAAUCGAUUCUGACGUGUCAAGUUUUAAAAAGAAAAGUGCAUUCAAAGUCUUUCCAACGUGCUCAAAUGCAGCUUCCCUUGGGUUGAAAGAAGUAUUGGUCAAGGCUGAUCGGUUAUAAGCUUCCUGCAGCAGAUGUCAGGAUAUGCAACUGAAAAAGAAAAGUGCGUCAUAUUGCAGAAGAGUCUUGAUAACUGCAGAGAAGGUAGCAUGAGGUAUCCUAAAUUAGUGUAAAAUGCUGUAUAUGGCAGCGAUAUAAUGCUGAUGACGUUAUUCCAAUCAUUAAAAAGGAACAACACAGUGGAGAUAAAAAAGGAGACUGUUUUCUAUUUUAUGCUAAUUUCUGCACUUUCAUUGCUGUCAUAGAUUAUUUUAUUCAUCCUGACGUAAAAAGUCUUCAACUUACAGUAAAUUUAUCACAUUUUACUUUUAGUUUUUCAUCAGUGAGAAGACUUUUUGACUCAGGAUGAAUGAAUGUUGCCAUAAAAUAAUGCCUUAAACUUGAUUCAAGACAUCCACAGUACAAAGUGUUGAUAGUUUGUGUGUUGUUACGUAAUCACAACGUGGGUUGUUACUGUCUUCUUCACUAUGAAAGACAAUAUCCACGUCUAAAUCUUUAUCUUUUGACCCGAGUGGAAAAAAAAUCGAGCACUUCUUGUCUGAACCUCUUAUUUGCACUUUUUCGUGUCUCCUUGUGGCUGUAGCUGUCCCACAGUGAGAAUUUAACCAUUUCUUAUUCUUUGUAUUUAUUUUAUUUGGUACUCAAUAACUUCACUUCACGACACCGUUUUCUACGUUUUGAAUGUACCAGAUUUAUUAGGUCAGUUUGCCACGUCGACAGUGCUGUGUAAAUGUGUAAUAUAAAGUACAGUAUUGUGUGAGGUGUUCUCUCUCUUUCUCUUAAAGAAGCCAAGUAGAAAAGUGCCACAGAAACCUUAAACAGUUGGAUUCUGUCGUUGUGUUGCUGUUCUGAAUGUGAGCGUUUAUUUGUAUUUACUCCCUCAAAGUGGCUGUUAUCAACACUGUGAAACAUCAGUAGGAUUUUUACAAAUCUAAUAGCUUCUGUUGUUUUUUAUUUAUGAUAAAUA